AUUUUAGAGUACAUGAUAUGGCUGGAGGCACAGCGUUACCAAGUGAUGUUCGUUAACAUGGUAAGUGUCACAUCAAUGCAGAAACCACGAUUCCCAUCUCCAUGAGAAGUAACAAAAGGGAAAUAUCCAUGAAAAAUAAAACUCUGCGUGAAAUGAAUUUUCAUGGGAAAAUAAUGCUUCGAAUAAAGGAUGAAAAGGCGUAGGCGUUUCGCAUAAUAAUACAGAUAGCAAGGUUGAAUAUCGUAUGGUGGCCUCUUGCCAACCCAAGAGGCACUACCCCAGAACGUUUAUCAAUCGUUGAGAGAAUUCAGAAAAGAGCGAAAACUCUCAAUCGUCUCCCUCCUCACCGCCCCAACCCUAUACAUUCUGCCAGUUGGAAACUAGCCUUACCACUUAUGACGCUAUCUCCAGCAAUUUGUGUUUUUCAUUCCCCCGAUAUUCUUCCACUCCUUAAUCGAUCCCAUUACUCUUCUCCCGGCUAUGACAAAUGCUCGCUGUACUUACGAAAUAUCACGGGGGAUUGGAUUCCAAUCAGUGAAGCCGCGGUCAAGAAUUGAUCCCCCAGACAGCUAGUCAGAGCGACUGUACGAUAAUUGGUGUAACCAUUGGUCCCUCCACAAAGUGAAUCAUCUCCUACCCAGACAUCCUCGUAAUACCCAGCUCCGCAAAUGACAAAGGGAGGGGGGUGGCUUUACUGGAGACGAGUCGCUUCAAUUCGCUCUGUGUACCCUUGCGAGGUACAGGUGAUGCAAACAGAACACCUUUGUAGCACGUGCAGACAUCGUAAACCCCCGGCCUUUAUUCCACUGUCGGGAAAAGGUGAGGAACACGCCAGGAACUGGUGUUUCGUGAUCGCUCAUUUUGAGUCAAACUUAAGUAUUGUAUUUGGCCUGCAGCUGUUUGGCAACAAAUAAGUAUUUACUUUGCGCUUGCAUCUUCGCGUGUUUGGUAUUCCCUCAACUGGGUGAGUAAUGACUGAGUAAUAUAGGCUGUGAGACACAAUUGUACAUUGUCAGGAAUUAUUGGAUGAAUUUUUCGGUGUGAUUCCUGGAAUUUUUUAACGCCUGAUUGUUCCACCGAAAUGUUAACGAAUUUCAUUGAAUUUUUUUCCAGUUUCUUUAAGAACUCUGGGUUUAAAAAAAAAGGAGAAAUUGUAGAAAUUUCGUCGUAAUCGAAACUCACGACUAAUAAUUUUAUAUUUGAAUUUUUAAUUACUGGACAAUGUAACACAGUGUCAUACUGAAUAUUCACCUCUUCAUUAGCUUUUCCAUUAUAUUUUCUGAGAACCUCGGGAUAUGAUACCUUUUCACGUAAUGGCCGAAUAAUAGUCAAGAAAAAAAAAUCAUUCAAAAGAGCAUUCGCCUAUACUUUCAAGUUUUAUCGUGCAAUAUUUUCUAAAGUAUUUUUAUCAACUCCUCCUUUCUCCUAUAAUCGUGAAUACGGCACCAGCGCAUAACCAUCAAGUAAUCCCGUAAACCGGAAAUUGUAAUAGCUAAAGUUUAAAACAGCAUGAAACUAUUGGAUACAAACCGAAAUAGCGAAACAAUUUUAAUUUACCAAACGUUUAAAUCCCAAGCCGAUUCACCUCCCUCUACCACUCGCAGCUUUUUUACCCUACAAACCCGGCAUUUGUACAUUCAUUCUGUGCCUCAUGUACUCCACACCAGCCAUCUCAUUUUCCAAUGACCAAUGUAAUUCAAAGCCGUGGGGUUGAAUGCCCAUUCGUUGUAAUGUUUCAGCAUUGUUUCACUUAACAAACGGACUAUUGAUCGUCCCUACACCAUCGGCCUAUUCAUAUCCUACCCACCUCCUCAUCCCCUUAAAAUCGUAGCAGCGCAUAAACUUGAACUCUCUAUUCCCUCUGUUUCCACGUUUAUGUAAUGUACUUUUUAACAGUGGAAUAUGGGGAGAAACAAAAGCACUCUAUUAUUCCCCUUCUAAUUCGUUAAAUUUGCUGUGCAAAGCUGCUUACUCCACGCACAGAAGUGAAAAUAAACGAUAGUUGUGUACUGCAACUGGUCUAUAUGCAUGAGAAACUUCAGAUGUUCGUGAGAAUCAAAUGGUUAAAAGAGAGGGAGAGAGAAUUGACCCUUAACAAACGUUCACUGACGUAGUCCAGUACGUUGGACUCCUCGAAAGUAAGGGAUACAGGGGGAGAGAAGUGUGGGUGGUAAACUGGUACAAGCUAAUUUUAUAGUAGAGUCCCGUAGUCGAAGAACGCUGGGUCAAUGUUUGCACGAGUACUGUGGGUAUCCUCGUCGUUACUGACUUGAGUAAACUCCAAACCUCGGGCCUUUCCAACCGAGUGUAUAUGAAUACAUGGACAUAUGUACAUGAGGCAGGUUACCUAUGUAGAGUGAUGAAGAUCUCUCAGUGAUUCAGGAUUUUUCAUGUCCAACGGAGACAUUGUAGUCCGUCAAAUUGGAGAUUUUUUUUCGCGUUGAGCCAUUAUUGUGCCCCGAAAAUUGAAAAAUGCAGGUUUUCGGUCGUACAUAGGCGGGUAUAUGAUUGUGUAGGUGUAAUUACAGUGUCCAUUGAUUUUCUCCUCGAAUUACGAAUUUUUAGGACGUGAAUAACAUUUAAUUCGAGGAUAAAGGAAAUAACAAUGAAAAACCAUAGAGAAGCGAUGAGAUCCCUAGAGUGAGCAUUCACUAGUCAUAAUGAAACCAUAAACCACAAUUGCGAAAGGGAGAAUGUCGGGAAUAGUGAGAGGACAUUAAAAAGUACACAUGCUCAAAUUUGCACAUGCAAACAUGCUCCUAAUACAGCCCUUCCAUUUUGUUCUUUCUACCACAUCAUGCGUGCGAUGCUCCAUCGAUGCGAAUUGUUCGCAUAUUGCAUCCGUCUAUGCUCCUUCCCCAUCUCAUCUGUAACAUUUGUUUCCAGUAAAGGUGGGUGGGGAAAAGGGGAUAAAUACAUCACCGUCACAACUCUACCCUGCAAAUAAUCAAGUGUUGGUGGAGGAGACCAGAAGUGGGAGGGACGAGAACGGGGAGGUUAAAUUUUCGGUGAAUGCUCAUAGGGUUGCCGUUGCAAUGUGAAUAUUUCAUUUGACCAAAAUGAACAGUGCGAAAUGAAUGGCAUCGUGGGUUUAUAGAGGAACGAUCGAAUCACGUUUUGUUACUGACCGGUAAACAACUGCAUUUGUGAUUGUGGCAAUUGUAUUGUCGUCAUGAAAGAGAGAAGGAAAGGUCGUUUGACCGCAGAUAUUCAUGGAGUCGAGGGAAAAUGUUGGGGGAAAAAAUGCAAUUUCAGCUUCAACUAUUAAUUGAAAAAUCGAGAUUAUUUUUAUUAGUUUUGUAAAAUAAUCAAACCAGAAGCGCACAUCCCCAGAUUUUUUUUGUUCGUCUAGAAUUUUUAGUAUUAUCAUAUUAGUAGAAAAUAUUUAUGUGAAAAUUGCUGUCAAAAGUUUUCUAUUGUUCGAAUUAGUUUUUUGAUCACUCUAUAAUUAUUGAAACCAUUGGAUUUUUGCACUUACCCUAGUUCGACAAUUUACCACAGAAUUGGGACAAAGCAUCGAACCUUCAACUCCACGAUCACUUACCUCGUUAAUAUUUCCCUUCCCCCGAUAAUAUCGUCAGCCACAGGACAAAGAACGGUCAAAGUAAUAUCACUCCGCCCCAGUGAGCUAAAAAAUGAACAGUUGAGACAAGUUUCUCCUCCUUCCAGCCCGAAAAAGAAAAAAACAAAACGAAAUGGGAGCGGUAGGAAUUCUGCAUGUGACAAGUGACAGAGUAAAACCCAGCAUGAAGAAGACAGGAUAAAAGUUAUCAGUUGAAAAACAGUAGGGCAAGACGAUGGAGAUGAGGCUGGUUGGAAUGACGAAACCAUCAAACAGUUCUGUAUACGCAAUUCACGAUGUACAAUAUGGAAAUGGUCCCGAGUCUCAAGUUAUCACCGAAGGAACCUCCAUGAGCAACCACUUGAAGUCAACUUUGGGGCCUCCUCCUCCACAAAUUCAGCAAAGGCUCUAAUUAAUUUACGAGGCCAAAGUUGGAUGGAGGGGUGAGAAGGGAAUGAGCCGCAUAAAAGCAAAACAUCUAUCCAAACUGGAGAGAGAGGGAUAGAUUGUAGGCACAGGAGGAUCUGUGGGCUCGGGUAAGCCGGAAAAUCAAUAGUCAGGCUGAAUAUUUCAUGGAUUUCAUAUAAUGCUCCAGAGUUUUUGGAAUAUCCUCGCUUGCAUCUGUCCCUUCAAUGGCAGAAAAUCACGAGUGAGUCAAUUUGAAUGGCUCUUCAAUCAUCAUCUCAUGAUUCGUCUCGUUCCUCCCCACCGCCCCUACAUUCACUCGUCGCACGCAUUUUUCGAGCACUCGGCAAUAUCGGUUUUAACGAAUGCAAUUCGUUUGACAAUCGACGAGAUAACGUAAUAGCGAUUGCAUCCCCACUAAAUGGAUGGACGCUCACUCACGAAAAAACCAAUUUAAUAAAAAAAAAUGUCUCCCCGAUUUACAGAACAAUCUCACAGUGUUACCAUUCAUGAUCAGCAAUAGGGAUUCACUGGCUAUAGGCUCGACAUGUCGUAAAUUUGAAAUUUCCACGGGCACCCAGUGAUAUCAGAGAGGGCGCGAAACAGGAAAAAAAGUUCUUCCAUUCGCCAUUUUCACCAGUGAUUAACCAAUGUAGUAUUGUGCAUUUCAAUUCACAUCGAAAAUUUUUACACCACUUGUACAGGAUGACGUAAUUUCCCCGGAAAUUCACCCCAAUUUGGAUAUCAGCAACGGUCUACAUGAUCGUUAUGAUUAUGUUGUAGGCAAUUACAAUUGUAACCGGCAUUUUCAAACGAAAUAAUUUGGAUUUAUAUGUAAAUUGAAUUUAAUGGCCACGGCAAUACAGAUAACUGCAAUGGGCCGGUUCUCGAUGCCGGCGAUGAUGCAGUGGUUGUUCUGUCGAGGCCGGUGGAAAUGGAUUGUGAUACAGCUCUUGUGAUUAACGACAUUUAUGUACUGUAAUUUGACAUCGGUAGUGAUGCUGAAAAGCCGGAUUCCCUAUUGAUCCACCGCUAAUGCAUCUUUUUUUCUGAAAGGCAUGACUAAUAGUGGUGAAUAAUCGCCUACCUCACUCGGAAAUUAUGACUCUAAUUUAAUUGAAGGGAGAUAAGUGAUUGCUGAAUGUUCAAAAAGAAAAACAAAUUAUUUAGCUGUCAUUCGAUCCGAGAUCGUGGCUAAUGAAGACCCAAGAGUAGCAGCACUACUAUUGAAAUAUUAAUUUCGCAAUUAGUCUCACGAAAUUUUUCUAAUUCUUGUAGAAAGUGACCUAAUCUUCCCUGAUAUUUCAGUCCAAAAUGCCUAUCAACAAUGGUCUCUGUGAUCGUUAUGAUUAUGUUCUACGCAAUUACAAUUGUAGCCAGCAGUUUCAAUGAAAUAAUUGUAAUUUAUAUGUAAAUUGAAUUAAAUGGCCACUGGACUACAGAUAACUGUAAUAGGCCGGUUCACGAUGCCUUCGAUGAUGCAGUGGGAGUUCGGUCGAGGCCAGUGGAAAUCGAUUGUGAUACAGCUUUUGUGAUUAACGACACAUACCCACUGUAAUUUGACAUCGUCGGUGAUGCUGAAGACCCGGAUUCCCUAUUGAUCCAUCACUAAUAUAUUGUUUUUAUCAUCGUAUGACCACUUCCAUUAAAUUGAAGUGAGAUAAUGAGAUGCUGAAUGUCACAUUGAAAAAAAAACCUGAUUUCCUCAUCAGCUGUCACUCGAUCUAGCAUCUCCGUCAUUCGCUAAAACAUCCUCAUCCCCAGAAUAGCGGAGAUAAUCUUGAAACGUUAAUGUCGUAAUUACUCCUAAGGGAUGACAUCAAUAUGAUAAUGAAUCUUAUUAAGUAAUGGGAAUGGUUGAAUCUGGGGGAAGAUGUCAUUUGACGGAAUAGAGACAGUGAGAUAGAAGUCUCACAAUCGUGGAUGACAACUACCAAAAUGACAACUAAGCCUCGAAUAUUCAAAGUAUUGUUGAAAUUAUUGAAUCACCCAACAGUAAUUUCAAUGCGUCAAUCACUCGAACCGAUCAAAUUCGUAUGACUAAUCAGAGCUACGUGAUUUGCCUCUAAUCCACUUAUUGACUAUUCAUGCAAUUUAAGCGGUCAAUUAAACUGCUGACACUUGUUAAUGAUUGAUAAUUACAUUAAACAAUGCAACAUGGAGGGAACACGCAAGAUAAUUCGAUAACCUCCGAACCAAAAUGUCAGAAACUGUUGACUCACAUCACCAGGCAAAUCCAUCUCAUUAUGCAUAUGAAAAAGAGCAUCACAACGAGGACUUAAUUAACGCCAAUAACUUGUGGAAAAGCUCAUUGUUCUACUCAUCUAACUGAAUUUCUAUCCCUACCCCGUUGUCAUCAUGUUGCGGUAAUGGCCGCAGUUGUAGAUGUCCCGAAAGGUACGCCAAGGGCGUUCGCUUAUUAUAAUGGGACACGAAAAUUUACAUAAUGGAUACGUAUGCGAGCCAUGAGUGCUGCCGACUAUCCCAGAAGAGAUCCUCCUGAGAGUUUAGUUUCCACUACUCAACCCAGCGUGUCUGUUGCUGUGACUUGUGAACGUCUUAGUUGUUGGUUUGUUACUUGGGCUGUUGCCGAAAGUUAUACCGAGGCCAUUGUGCAGGUGGUCCCACUAUUUCCAUGUCUGGGACAUCCUGGCUCGCUUACAACAAACCCCGAGGGAUGGAUUUUGAUAUUCCUGCUACCUGAUUAUCCAACAACUUGGCUCUCACAAACAUCAUGUUCUUCGUCGCUUCUUAUUGGCCAACUCCACGAAAAUUUCAAGUGUCUUGCAAGGAGAAGUUGUUACGUAUGUUCGUCUGAGACGGACACAUCAUUACUACGCAGACGAAAAUUCGCCAAUUUAAGAUACUAG